AUGCUCAAGCCUGGCGCCGAGGUCGUCCUCCUAAACGGCCGCUAUGCUCUCAAGCCUGGUGCUGAGGUUGUCCUCCUGAACGCUCUCAAGCCUGGCACCGAGAUGGAGCUGUCACCGCGACCAACGCUGUUUGACUUCCAUGGAGUCUCCAUGACAAACAAGGACAACAUUCAGAACUUCAAAGCGAGACCAGAUGAUAUUCUCAUAGCUACCUACCCUAAAGCAGGAACCACGUGGGUCUCCUACAUCCUGGACCUUCUGUAUUUUGGGCAGACGUGUCCAGAGCGUCAGGCCUCCAUCCCUAUUCAUGAGAGAGUGCCCUUCCUGGAGAUCAGCACAUCUACUCAACCCAAAGGUAAACACUGUGCAGAUCAGCUUCCUACCACUCCUCGUCUCAUUAAAACUCAUCUACCAGUCCAAUUUGUACCCAAGUCCUUCUGGGAGCAGAAUUGCCGGAUAGUAUAUGUGGCUCGUAAUGCAAAGGACAAUGCCGUGUCCUUUUUCCACUUUGGUCAAAUGAGCAAUGGCCAGCCAGAACCAGGAGAAUGGAGCACCUUUCUAGAGGAUUUCAUGAAAGGAAAGGUGCAGUUUGGAUCCUGGUAUGACCAUGUGAACGGCUGGUGGGAGAAGAAACAAAUGUAUUCAAAAAUUCACUACAUGUUCUAUGAAGAUCUGAUUGAGGACACUGGACGAGAGCUAGACCAACUCUGUUCCUUUCUUGGUUUGUCUCCUUCACUCGAGGAGAAGGAAAGAGUCGCAAUUGGAUCCAAGUUUGACAAUAUGAAACAAAACAACAUGACUAAUUAUUCCACAGUGCAUACGAUGAAUCAAAAGGUGUCUCCUUUCAUGAGAAAAGGAAUAGUUGGUGACUGGAAGACCCAUUUCACUGUGUCCCAGAAUGAAGAGUUUGACAAAGACUACAAGCAGAAAAUGACAAAUCCCACACUGAAGUUUCGCACUGAAGUUUAGAGGCCCAGUCUGGCUGUGCAAAACGAAGAACCCUGACUUGUAUGAAAAAAAUAAUAUUGAUGUUUCUGACUCAGGUGUUAAGACCUGCCCUGAUGAGCCAGUCGUUGUCACUUAAAGUUUAGCACUUUACAAUACGGUACACAAAAAUUUGCAUAGUUGAUAGGCAACAAACAAGAAACGAAUCAGGAAUGAUCU